CCGUGGUUGCCACGGCUCUUCUUUCCGUUUGCCAUGUAAACAAAACACCACUCAAGAAGAUAGCCUGGAUGCAUAGAGGCUGAAGGAUGCUCACCAGCAUAAAUGGGUUUGCAGCCCCAGCAGUGAAAUCAGAGGGGCCGUUCCCACUGGGGCCAUACCCACGGCACAUCUGGAUCCACGACAACACGCCCCAAGACGGGCUGGACAAGGCCUGCCAUGAGAUCUGGAAACGGAUGCAGAGCCCCCCCGAGGAGCUUCAGCCCAUCAUCUGCAUGGACCCACAGGGACCCCCAUGGAGCAAGAACGGUGCCCACAGCGGGGACUGGUUGCUAGAUGAAACAGAGGGACUUGAGAGCAUAUACAGAGCAGUGAUUGGAAACAGAGAAAGAGAGAUGAAAUUAAGAGCUCUCUGCGAUGCUCAGCUUUCUGCUAAAUCCACCAUCACCAACCUCCUGCGUUCAACAAGCUCUCCCAGGAUCUCCAAGGGGUUGGGGGACAACAGCACAACAGGUGCUGGUAGCACAGAGGGCAACAAGCUGGGGAUGCCAUUGCUGCUGAAGCACACAGAUAUUGCCAAAGGUCCAGACAGGCAACUCAUGGCUGAGGAAAGCAAGACAAUGAAAGAGUUCUUCCAGAAUGGCACUGUCAGUGCUGCAAAGAAUAGCACAGCUGUGCCAGCUCUGAUGGCAGAAAGUCAAACUGCAGGACAGAAGCAGCAGCUCCCAACACUUGCCAAGAUUUGCUCCAGACCUGACUCCAAUGCAGCCACAAAGGCACUGCAGAAUCCAGUAACUACUGCAGCACUGGAUAAAAAAAUAGUUAUAUACAAUGCCAGCACUUCCAAUCCACACUUUCCCGUUACUACAACCACCACAAACUUAAACCAGCCAAUGUGGCCGAGUCUGAGCUUCCCUCCACUUCCUCUAUAUCCAAACCAGCCAAACUACCCACCCUUUCAGGGUCCAUACCAGCGAGCAAGGAUCCCUUUCCAGCAACCUCUGCACCCUUCCUAUGGAUGCUAUACAAGACAGGGGGCUCCAUACAGCCCACAGAUGUACCGGUCACCCUACACUCCUAUGCUGAAUUACAUCCCCCUUGUCCAGCCUGGCUUCCCACACCAGAGGGCCCCAGCUCAGCUGCCCACCAGCAUCCAGGAUCUGCCAGCAGCACGUGAUGGGAUGCGGUUCACAUUUCCUCCUCCUUAUGGGUUUGCUGCUGUGCCUGGAGGAGCCGUGAGGCCAACACACCAUUACCCCCCCAAUGCGAACUGCGUCAACUUUUAAGAGAACCAGUUCUCCUAUUGCAAUAGCACCAGAUUUUUAUGUAUAUAUCAGGAUUCCUAGGAUCCCAUAAGAACUUUGUGUUUCCCCAGAGAGAAGAUUUCUAUCUUGAAUAUAAGUCCACGUGACUUACAUGUUAAGAAACAGCUGCGUGACAAAUCAGAAGUAAUUUAUUGUUGUUGAUUUUUUUUAGGAUGACAGAAAAAGGGGCUUUUUCCCUUUUGGAAGACAAAGACGUAAUAAAAAUGUUUUAUUUAUGACAGAUGCCUGAACACUUAAAAUUCAA